UGUCACAACGACCUUGGUGUUGCUACCGCUAACGCAAUCGCUGGUAUAUGUGCUGGAGCAAGACAAGUUGACGUAACGGUCAACGGAAUAGGUGAGAGAAGUGGGAAUGCAGCACUUGAAGAGGUCGUAAUGUCUUUGAAACGUCGAGGGUCACACGUGAUGGAUGGUGUUUACACAAGAAUAGACAUACGCCAAAUUUUGGCUACUAGCAACAUGGUUCAAGAAUAUACUGGAUUGUAUAUUCAACCACAUAAACCCAUAGUUGGAGCCAACUGUAUCAUUCAUGAGAGCGGCAUUCACCAGGAUGGAAUGUUGAAAAAUUGGAGUGCAUAUGGAGUCCUAUCACCAGAAGAUGUCGAGGUUGUAAAAAACUGAAAAUUUCUUCAUUUUUAUUGGUUCUAUUUAAUAAAAGCUAUGUAUGUACCUGAUUGUUUAAUUGAGUUGUAAAUGUGCCACCGCACCGGGUCCAGUCCGUUGUUUCCAUAUUUUUUAAUAGAUAAGUCCGAC